CAUCACCACGCAGCCACGCCUCUCCCUCCCUCCCUCUCUCCUCUCUCUCGCUAUUGCUGCUGCUUUGUCCUUCCUCCUCUUACUCCUCUGGAGGCUCCUUUCCUCCGUCCUCCUUCCUUCCUUCCUUGUCAAUCCGCGACAUGUCGGGGUUUGAGCCAUCCGCUCAUGCCUGACUCCUUCCCUCCCUCCCUCCCUCCCUCUCUGCUCCACGGAGUCUGCUUUCACUUUCGCCUUUUUGGAUCUCUUCAUUCUGUUCUCUCUUACUUACUUUCUCUCUAGCCCAACUGGAUGCCCCCCCAGGUUCAACUCCAUUGCGCCUUGUUUACUUACUUGUCUUGUUUGAUUGAGAGCUUACUUGCAUAAUCUCUCGGUUCCAUGCCCGUGCUUGCAUUGACGGAGUGGGGUUUCUGGUGGUUUCAGCCUUUAAAGAUCCGGAGUCAAUUGUAGUGUCGGAAUUUUUGUGAGUAGAUUCGUUCAAAGGGCGUUGCCGAGGGGCCUAUUUCUUCCUCAGGAAGAUCAAGGCUUCCUUAUUGUCCAGUUGGCCUUGUUCUGUACUUUUCUGCUGGAGGUCAAGCCGUCCUCACGGACAUCAGGACUACAGGAUCAUCCACGGAGCCUCGAUUUAUGAAGCUGAAUGCAGAUGAUGGAAAUCUGUGCUGGGUAUGCAAGUGCCAGUAGUUUUGGUCGGAGAACCUAGGUUUGCUGAAACGAUGGAUUAAUAUUGUCAGACCUUGCAUUUGCUAUGCAAGAGCAGCGCGAUUUGCAGGAGUAAGAAGAUGUGUAUGGUGAGAAGGUUUGCCCGACAACGUGUUGAGCAUGCGAUUGCCUGAGGUUUGGGAUACCAAUGCUUCAUGGAUUCUUCCUUGGACUGUCGUUUCGCGCAGCCUUUGGAGCCUCUAGGUGUAAUUUCGGCGAGAUGCUUGUUAAGGCGUUUUGGCGAGGGUCAUGAUAAGUUCAAUGUUGAAAUCGAGCUGAAGGAAGCCUACGUUUUAAGUAAUAUACAGACCUGACUCGAAGUAUUCGGAAACUAUGGGGCUGCCUGGACCAUGCAAUGAAGUCGCAGAUGAUAUUGGACCAGGAGAAACCUUUGCUCCAAGUUUUGGUGCUGUGAUUACUCGCUACAACAGCAAAAAGUUAUCUAAUUCUACUCGGCAGACUCCAGAAACGGUAUGUCGUGUCGUCGCAGCUACACAUAGUAGAAGUGUGGCAAACGAUGAAAGAACAUGCAAAAGUGGAUUAUCAGAUCAUUGCGAAUUUAUCGGCAGGCCUGAAGAGGGUUCCGUUUCUCAUUUUGCUGGCAUCGGUGAUAUUCAAGGUGAUUCUCCCUGGGAGUAUCGUUUGUCUGACCCUAAGUCUAUUGCAAGUGACCAAAAAGCUAUUUGGAAUGGCAUCUCGUAUCGUCGACAGGGAUGUGCCUCAGUACCCCGAAAUCCAACAUCAAUCAUUGUAGGUUUUGAGGCUCAAUCAUCGACUGCGUCGCAUAUCACAACCUCAAGAAGUUUUGGUGACAACGCGGGCACUUCUCAGUAUGAAUUGGUUGACCUACCUAAAACCAGCAGCAGUCGGCAGACAGGAGUUGGUGAUAUUGGAUUAACCAGUGUUCGCAAGAAGACUUCUUCAUCUCUCACUGAUUUGCUGUCAUCUGGUCAUACUAGUAAGGUUUUAGAUUAUGGGAGUUCAGACGAACAAGGCUCCAAGGAUGUGGAUGAUGAUGAACUGACUUCUGAGGCUCAUCCCUACAAUGUUGGCAGUACUGGUAGCAUCGUAAUGGACCCGGUUCUCAUCCCCCGACAAGCGGGCUGCCAUUAUCAACUCCGAGCCAGUGGCCAACAAACUGAUGGGCCUGUAUUAACUCCCCCUAAAGUUGCCGAAAUAGGCUUAGCUCUUAAGCAGACAGUCUCUGAAGUGCUUCCAGAAAGGCCAAACCUGAAUGCUGUCGGUGGCCACUGGUUGACUGUAAAUUCGGAAUCUUUUACUAAUAGUAUUCGAUCUGCACGUCCAGGAGUUCUCCCUACUUUGUCUCUGUCACCCUUGGGACCACGCACGGCUUCUUCAGCAUCAGCAGCAUCCCCAGAUUUGAGCAGUCUUAAAACUAAUCGUUAUUGUGGCAGCAGUGUUGUGAGCGGAUUACAAAUCCCUGCUCAGAGCCAAUCGAAAUGGGUUUCAGACUUUUAUCGUGGUGAGUCUGCAAUGGAAGAGGAAGUAGUUUCAAGUUUAAUAGACGCCUCCUUUGAUGAUCCCAGUCAUGUUAAUCAAUAUCCAUUAUCUUCAAAUUUUCUGACGCAUCAGCGUGCGGGAAGUUGGGGAUUUGAAACUUUGUCUACACCUCCGAAGAGUGUAGCUGGGUCACUUUGCAUGCCCAGUAGGCGCUCUUUGGUUGGUUCUUUUGAAGAGUCUCUUCUUUCUGGACGGUUUUUGGCCGGUAAAGUGAGCCAGAAGCUGGACGGAUUCUUGGCAUUGCUUAGUGUCACAGGUGGUAGCUGGCCGGCACCUGUGAAGAAGCUGCCCUUUUCGGUCAUGUGCGUAAAUGGUGAUAGUUCGCUCCCCUAUUUUGCGUCUAUAGAUCUGGUUGGCAGUUCCUCGGAGGCUAAAUCAAAUAAGAGUCCCAGCAAAGCUCGCUUCAAAGUGCCUGUGAAAGGUCGUGUUCAAUUGGUGCUAAGUAACCCAGAGAAGACCCCUGUGCAUACCUUUACAUGUAGCUACGAUCUGACGGAUAUGCCACUUGGUACAAAGACGUUCCUGCGGUAUAAAGUCUCACUAGCAGUCGAUGCGCAGCCCACGGCUCCUGUAAAAGAAUGUGGCAGAGUUGUUCCAGAUCCUCGCUCGAGUAGACUCUCUGGAUCCUCCCGAGGUGGUCAUUGCAGCUUUUCCAGCUUUAGUAGUUCGAUGUCCUCCCGGCGGACCUCUGUAGAUUUGUUCAACAGCAGAUACUGGCAAGGUCGUGAAUUUGGUGCACAAAGUAGCACUGAACCGGAUGACGUGGAUACAGAUGAAACCGAGCCAUUGAAUCGCAAGGUUGUUGCUGGUGUUCAUGGUGUAGAUUACAACCACACUCAACCUAACACGUUUGAAAAGCGUGGACCUUCUGGAGUUGUAGAAGGUUCAGAUCCAGUCGAGCCCCUGGCAAAUGAUAGUUUUCUUAUGUUUCGGAGCCAAGUAGGUAAAACAAUCUUUGAUCAAGAUCUUGCUGAAGACGACAGUCUUCAAGGUGGAAAAACACUAAACUUGAGGAGGAAAAGUCUGCCAAAUCUUGAUAGAUACGGUAAUACAAAGGGAGGUACGAAAGCUGGAGAAGGCACGGGUGGAGCUUUAAAAUAUGCUCUUCACUUGAGAUUUAUGUGUCCACGUAUCAGGAAUCAUGAAAAGAACAAAUCAUCAAACACACAGUUAAGAACCACACCCCCGAAGAGUUUGAAAGCCGCGGAGGUUUCAGAAGAGAAGCGGUUCUACAUUUACGGAGACAUACGUGUUAUCUUCCCACAAAGGCAUUCCGAUGCGGAUGAGGGCAAGUCGCAAUUUUUGGCGGUUUUUGUUCUAAGGAAGGGGGUGGGUUUGCAGCUACAUAUCGAAUAUGAUUCUCCAGAAAAUCCUAAAUACUUCGACUACAUCAACUAGCUCUUGCUUUUUCAAGUUACAACUUAAAUACUGUGAACUUCCUUCUCUACAAGUUUUCAGAUAUAAUUCUCGUUGGCUGGUAUCUAAUGAUUCCUUCUGGAGGAUUAUCAGGCAUACUGCCUUAAACUGGAGGAGCAUCCGACAAACAUGAGUUCUCAGCAAUUUAAAGUGUUUAUUGCUAUCCAUUUGCCACUUUUCACUACCUUUCUGCAACGGGAGGUCCUUGUGAAGCUGAAGUAUUCGUUCAAUGAAUUGUGGUGGAUGGUAUUCUGGUGUUAUAAGUUAGUAAUGAGAAAGCUAUUUGUGGUUUAUUUGGCUGUAAUGUCUCUUUGCUGUAGGGUUCUCUAACUACGUCUAUGGCCACAGUUGAUACUUCUUGAUUGUAUAGAUAAACAGCCGCUGGCUGUUUGUUUCCAGAUAUAGUAGGUUGUGUCUGUUGCUGGUGUUGCUAAGCCCUUACAUGAAUGCUCCUCGUCGAAGGCCUUUCAUUUUUUUUUAUGACUCAGUGUCUAUUAACCUUUUUUUUACUUUUUAUGAGACCGCUGUGUUUUGAGGAAGGAAUCCAUUUCCUUUGUACCAUGUUUCACCCACUGUAAGGGCCAAGAUUAUAGGUCAAGGUUACAUGUAUCAUAAUGUUUUUGCAGCUUCAAAGAAUUGUUAUAGGGGAGUUUUGAGAUUUAUCAUAGGGAAGUUGCCGAUUCAUAGGGCCGAACUGCCGUACGGUGCAGCAGAUUUUGAAUAAACGGUGGACAACUUGCAAGUAUUGAAGUUGCUUAUUGCCAA